UUAAUCUAGGCACAUUGGAUUAUGUAUCCCUAGAUACACAGUGGUUUAAAAUAAGAGGUGAUGGUCACAGCUAAGACGUCUAUUUGAACCUAUGGGUCUACUUGUUCAGGAUUGAAGGGAGUUUAAAGGACAUCAACGUCAGGAGCAGAAUUCCAGCUUUUGAAAAUUCAGAAAGACGAAAGAAAUUUCUAAAUUAUCAGUAUGGCAACACCAUAUCGAUUACCCCCCAAUUACAUGAGACAUCAAGGCAAUUCUGGCAGACACUUUGUUGGACGACAUUAUGAGAGGGAAGAACUGAAGAUCUUGAUCAAGGAUGAAGAUACUCAAAUAAUACAAGUUUAUGGACUGCCUUAUGUUGGCAAAACAAGUCUUGUGAAAACUGUCUGUCAAGAAUUGAAGGAUGAAAUCAACCCCGAAAGACUCCACAUAAAACACAUCCAUAUUUCUAAUAAUAGCAGUUGGUCUGAUAUUUCCAACAUGUACAAUACAUUCACCAAUUGUUCCAGUAUCACCAACACGAAAUGGAAAAUUUGUAUUUUUGAUGAUUUCCAGAACAUUCAAGAAAGCUUCCUUCCAGGUUUCCAGGAGCUUUGCGACAAUGACUUUUCACUGCACAGAAAUCUAAAAAUCAUUCUCAUUUUAAGUGGUGGAAAACCAUUUCAGUUUGAUAGAAUCAGAUUUGCAGAGUGUAAAGUGAGUCCAUUGUCCAUUAAAGAUGCCCAGCUUCUUUUCGGUCGCUGUUCAGACAUUGAGACGGAUGAUGAGAACAAAGAACAAAUACACAACAUCAUCAGAUAUGCCUGUGGCCUGCCAGGACUUCUUAUUUACUUUGCAGAAAAAUUCUCCCAGUUUCGUCAUAAUUUCUCUUUUAAUGAUAUCUACAAAAUGAUUUGUGAUGAAACCAAGCUCAAUGACUGGCUGGACGAAUGUACAAUUAACAGACGUAAUAUCAAACAAGAAAUGGACAAGUACUUUUCUCAACUCUCUCACGAACAGCAAGAAGCUCUCAAAGUGCUUUCAUAUUUUCCUGGAAGAUUUGGUAUUGAGGAAGCUGUUGAAAUGACUGGUUCUUCUAGUCAACCAGCUUCCAAGAUGCAUGUUUUGAUGCCACUUGUGGAGCAAGGUUUGAUCAGUUCAGAUUUAGAAUUACAGUAUUUCCAAGUACAAGAAUUAAUACGUGCAAUUACUAAACAACAGAUUGACAAUGUACACAGCAAUGAUUUGGUAAAGCUCAAAUAUACAAACAUUAUUGGGAAAAGUCUGAUGAAGGCUCAAGAUAUUUAUGAUAAAGGCCUCAUAUAUGAAGCACUCGGAAUAAUGAACAACAACUGGGAAAAUAUUUCGUUUCUGAUGAAGAAAGGGAUUGAUGCACCCUCAGAUGGUAGGACAUAUGGAGUUUAUUAUGAGAUAACAUUAAAAGCCUCAGAUAUACUGAUGCUAUGUCACCCUAGAGAUUCAAGACAGUUUUUCCAAGCAUGUCUACAAAACUCCCUGUUAUUUGGUAAUGAAGAAGAACAAGCUCUUAUGAAUAUAGCAUAUGGUGUAUCAUUGACAGAUUUACCAG